AUGGGUGGAGCUGUAAACUAUUCAACACUGUGGGUUAAUAGAACUCCGAAAUCGGGGAGACAAUCAUUGUUUUUCCAAGACUUGGCAUCACCAGUCUCUGCCCGGCGAGGGAAAUUCUUAAGUCCAGGUCAAGCAGCAGCAGUUUCGGCUUUACGGCGAGAGAAUCGUGGUGGCUCGGAUCUUCCACCUCCUCCUAUGUACACCUUGGAGGACCGUGCAGAUUUUCCACCUGAAUCCGGGGGAUUGGAUUAUCCUAUUUCUCCUGAAGUCAAGUCGGAUCCAAGAACCCGGAUCCAAAGCUCCGGACAUGACUUCUCUACUCCUGCAAAGAGCAAGUCAGGGGGCAGCAGUACAUUUGCUGUACUUAAUGGGCAGCAGAGUGCUGCGAGUUCGAGUUGGUGGUCGCCCGAGGGAAAUGGCAGUGGGCAGGAUGACAAGGGAAAGGGCUCUCCCGCUGAGGGCAUGGCUCAGUCUGGUGCUUUGAUCACACUUCUGCCUCCGAAGCAAGUUGCCAGGCCAGAGAUACAGAAUAAUUCCAUACCUGCUGGAAAUCUGGAUGGGGAAGACUGGGUUACUGUUUUUGGAUUUUCUCCCGCUGAUACAAAGUUAGUUUUGCGAGAAUUUGAGAAGUGUGGUGUGAUAUUGAAAUAUGUUCCUGGUCCACGGGAUGCUAACUGGAUGCACAUUCUUUACUCGAAAGGAUCCGAUGCUCAGAGGGCACUCGGCAAGAACGGAAUGCAAAUAAAUGGAGUACUAAUCAUUGGGGUGAAGCCGGUGGAUCCGAUGCACCGGGAAACUUUAAAUGAAAGAUUGAAUAAUCAGGGUUUUAUGACUUUAUCCUCAACAUCAAGUAGAAAAUUAGAGUCAAACAACUUCCAACCACCUCGUACAUACCAUCUUCUAAACGGCAAUGCCAAUGCACAACAGUCAGGAGGGCCUUUGGCAAACCCUACAAGAUCAUUAGGGAACAAAGUCAUGGAGUAUUUGUUUGGAUUCUAGAAUCAUCUCCAUAUCUUGCCCUUGUGCUAUUUCUUUAGGGUUCAUCAAGAUUCACGGCUUGCGUAAUCGUAUUCCUUCGGAUAUUCAUCCCGAGGAAAGAACAUAU